AUGUUCACAAUGCAGCCCGCCAGUGUGCUCCUGUCCGCUCUGCCAAGACAUCUCCAAAAACCGUAUUUGCGGAAUUCGAGGGUCGCCAACACAACCAUCAGCACUAUCGUGCCGCUCCCGUACUCUUCGUUGGACGUAGAAGCUGUAUGCCACUAUUUUGAUGAUUUCAGUCGAGUCUACGCACCCGCGAACACCCUGACGGCACGGGCAAAGACGCGCCGCGACACCCGAAACGCACCUACCGACAUUACCAGGCCUUCAAUAUUCGGUAUUGAGGAUGGUAACGACCUAUUUUUCCUUUAUAUCACCAGGGACUCUCUAGAUAAUGGAGGCCGACCAGAAGGCAGACUGCAGGUUCUUAGCCAGGCAUGGACUCUCUUUGUGCGCCUCAGAUUAAUUCUCGCGCCACGUCCAGGUAACCAUGCGUCGCCGAAAACCCCUUCCGGACCGGCCCGCUACAUGCAGCUAACCCUUGCGGUAUGGCCACAGCAGCGGCGGGCACAAUCGAAUGAUUACAGAAAGAGAUCGAGACGUGCUAUUAUGAGUCUCGAGGCUAUCUUGGAGUCUGGCAGCUCAAAAUUCACACGCCUGCGCCCUUGGAAUUCUGGGAGUAGGAUAUCGUCGUGCUACAGGGUUCAGCACCAUCUAGAUGAAGCCUCCACCACCACUCCAUUUCAUGGGAUGUCCGACCUGCGCACCUCUAAAGUCCUUAUAAUGUGUUCCCCGCAUCCCCGAUAUGGUGGAAAGGAUUAUAGAUCCAGAGGUAUGACGCAUCAAUCCUUAGGUCAGCCGACUGAGCACCAGGCAAAUGGAAUUAUCCAGCUAGGAAGCUUUCAGGCACCCCCGCAUUCCGAGAUCCCACCUCAAGAAAAGAACAGUAUCCAGUGUCGAUAUACGGGCGGCUACAAUGACUACAAAAGCAGGAAUAAGAUAAUUUGA